AUGAACCGCGAGUUCGCGGAAGGCCGAGAGGGGUCUGCGCCGUCUCCCGCUGUGUUCGGGAGCGUUCAGGACGGACGAGCCGUCUGCGGUGGCGCCAUGCGGCCCGACAGGAUCGGCAAGCCACACGAAGAGCAACUGCAAGGUGUCCAUCGAGCCAGAGACGCCGACUGCAAGGAGGUGCCAGCGAGUCCCAUCGCCAUCGAAAGUCGUCGGGAGCCGAACCACAGCGGAGGCCCCCAGCAGAAACGGCCCUACGCAGAGCAGAGAUUGAGCAAUCGAGUAGGUCGCCCUUCGAUGUCGGGAACGAACGACCGCCGCCAUACCGGCAUUGACGGAGUAGCACAAUGCGCUAAGAUGCUGAAGGCAUACAGGUUGCCGUGCGACGCGGAUGUCCCGAUGUGGUUCGAUGAGGUGGAAAAACUGUUUUCAUCCUUCCAGGUACCGGAAGAGAACCGAGUACACUUGAUAAUGCCUGCGCUGUCUGAGCGAGUCCGCUAUAUGCUGUGUAGCUUGAGUGAAGAGGAGUGUGUGGAUUAUGAGAUCGUGAAACGUGCGGUACUAAAUGAACUUAAGCUCACCCCAGCUGAGUACUUAGACAGGUUUCAAAAGGUGACGAAGAAAAGAGAGGAAACAUGGGCUCAGUUCGCUUCUCGGGCCAGAACGUACUUCGCGUAUUACCUGCAAUCUCGUAAUGCGGAUACUAAGGAAGCGGUUGCUGAGCUAAUGGUCGCUGACCGAAUGAAGGAGUUGGGCCCGGAAGGUCUAGAGUAUGUUCUUUUGCGGGAGGGCGAAAAGUGGUUCAAACCUGUAGAGGUUGCUAAAGUUCUCGAGACUUUUGAACAGGCGAAAGGAAAGGGUCGAGCAACUAAGACGGUUGGAGUGCCAACUGCUCCGCCGUUAGCCAGGCAGACCGGCAUAGAAAAGGCCAAUGUAAGGUGCUACAUUUGUCGCGGUCAGGGUCACGUGGCUAGGGAUUGUCCUCAGGCCUCAAGUAAGGAGCAGCAGGCGAAGUUGACCACUGUGCCUAAACAGAGAGUCCACAAUGUCGCCAUUGUUGGUAAGUUACCGCCACCCGAGCAGGAAAGGGUGCUGAGUGCGAGGGUGGAAGUAUUCGAGCGAAGUGCUGGCUCGGGCCGGUCGAAACUGGAACUUAUCCCGAUCACGUGCGGUGGCAUAACUACUGAAGCUGUGCUGGACACAGGCAGUGAAAUAACGGUGAUACGUGAAGGGAUACUUCCGCAAAGGGUAAAGGAUUCAUCGGGCGCAGUAAGGCUCCAGUCGGCGUUUGGAAAAACCAUCCAAGCAACUUUGGCUACAUUGCCAAUAGCUUUAAACUACCCGGGAGGGGUGGGACAACCACAGAAGGUUGAUCUGGUGUGUGCUAUUACUGACCAGCUCGCGGAUGGAGUUAACUGUCUGCUGUCAAAAGAGGAUUGGGAGUUACUGCAUGCACAGGAAGACAAUGGGAGUGAACGGGAAAGUGUUACGCAUGUCGUCAGUGCAGUGGGACUUCGAUCAAGUGAAAUGAAAGACAGCGAUACAGCAGUUUUAAACUGUGGCCGCGGUGAAACGGUUGAUGAGGUUCAAGAAUCGGGAGAAAGUGGUCCCGCUUUUGCCGAUCAGGUCACUAAUCAGCGAGAGCAAUUUAGAGCUGAGCAGCUUUCAGAUGAUAGUCUUCGAAGGUCAUGGGAGGAUGCAAGAAAAAAGAAAGCUGGCAUGUUUGUGGCAGACGGGCUCUUAUACCAUCAGGACGCUUUAGCGGGAGUCAAGGUCAGACAGUUAGUCCUGCCGGUUGAAAGGCGCAGCGAGGUGUUGGAGCUGGCGCAUGAGUCCUUAUGGGGUGGACACUUGGGGUCGAAAAAGACCAGGCAACGCAUAAAGUAUAGUUUCUUUUGGCCAGGAAUGGAAAGGGAUAUUGUUGAGCAUUGUAAGACAUGCCAUCAGUGCCAGACGCGGUCUGAUAGAAGGCAAAGUGACAAGAUACCCAUUACGCCACUCACGCGGCCGGAACACCCAUUCCAGGUGGUUAAUGUAGAUGUCAUCGGCCCUAUCGAUGUGCCGUCGGCGAGAGGCCACAGAUAUGCCCUGUGCCUCGUUGAUCUUUGCACUAGAUGGCCUGAGGUGGUGCCACUCCGAUCGUUGACUGCAAAGGCCACAUGCGAGGCAUUACUGGAAAUUUUUAGUCGCACCGGUGUUCCGGAAAUGGUCUGUUCUGAUCAGGGCACAAACUUUAAGUCACAAAUGACACAGCUGAUGUUGGAAAAAUUGGGCUGUUCACCAAGGUUUUCCACCCCUGAACACCCCGAGAGCAAUGGCGUGGUGGAAAGAUGGAACAGGGUUCUCAAAAAUAUGCUGUAUCAUGUAAUAGAACGUGACCAAAAGAAUUGGGACAAGCUUGUCCCAUUUGUGCUGUGGGCGUACCGCGAAGUGCCACAUGACACCACAGGGGUGUCGCCAUUCAGGCUGUUGUAUGGCAGAAACCCGACCGGGCCUCUAUCAAUUUUGCAACAGACCUGGACGGGUGAAGUAAUUGUGCCGGCAACUCUAAGAGAGAAACCAUCGAAGUAUUUGCAACAACUGCGUGAGCAACUAGAUCUUGCCGCGAGCGUAGCGGAGUUGACAAGCACUGCACACCAGGGCAGAUAUGCUGAAGUGUACAAUAGGAGGGCGCGAAGUAAAGAAUUUAAUGUUGGAGACCAAGUGCUGCUAUUUGAUACAGCUAGGGCAACAAAGAUGGCGGCCAGGUGGUUGGGGCCGUUCACGAUAACAGGUAAAGAGCGGGAACACUCUUAUCGCCUACAAAUGAAUGACGGAAAGUCCUCGGUGGUACAUGCAAAUCGGCUCAGGCCCUACUAUGCUAGAGUAAGCCACGUUGGGGUGGUCUUCGAGGAGGACGAAGAGUUUGGUGACGUGGAGUACGCGCCACAGGCGCUGCCUACUGCAGAUAGAGAGAGUGUGAUACCCCCCGAAAAGCUGGAUCACUUGCGUCCUGACGCGCGGAAGGAGAUUGAGAGGGUAUUUCAGAAACAUCGCUGUGUUUUUGAUGGAAAUCCUGGGAUGGCUCAGGCGACGGUCUGCUUGCUGGCCGAGGAGUGGAAUGUGUAA